AUGACGAAAGAAGCCGGGCAGGGCCGGGCAGGGAUGGUGUAUGUGGGUGGAUGGAUGGGUAUAUAUGGCUAUGUGCAAGGAGGCAGAUCGAAACAGAAAAAGAAGUAUGAGAGUGGGUAUUUUGACAGACAGAAUGAAAAGAUAGAGAUAGAGAUUGGUGGACUUGAAAUUAGAGGAGAGAAAGAUGGAUGGUUCGGUCAUAAGGCGUCAGUAACUGGCAAGCAUGGCUCACGCAAAGAAGCGAAGUGA